AUGAGUGCGCACAGGCCGGGUGACAAGUCGUUGGGUGCUGGGUGGCGCGUGCCGUCCGCCCCACGCGCACUGGCAGGCCUAGUGCGCUUCCACGGCGCGCACUUCACCACAACCCCGCGCUCGCCUUCCGCUUUAUCUGCUCUCCUCGCGACGGCCGACAAAGGGCUGAGCACGGAGCUCUACGCCGGGCUACUCGCCAACCCGCUGUUCCGGGCCUACGCGCUGCCUCUUGGCCCGCGCGCGCCGCUCGACGGGUGGGUCAGCGCGCUGUUUGACGAGAUUGGGUUCGUGCCGCAGCGCUUGUCGGAGCUCCUGGCGCUGUUCGAGGGGAGCGCUGGCAGCAGCAAGGGGAGACAGCUUGAUGACGAUAACGACUUUGGGCCGUUCACAUACCGCCUUGAUGUGGUUCGCAGGUUUUGA